UCGCCUAGUAGUACAACUAUAACGUCGUUAGUUAGCCCCGCUUAUGCUAAGUAGUUAGCUGGCAGGGUAAAGUUAACUAACGACGUUACAGUACAGUAAGCUAUCCUAGCUAAUCAUGGAAGAAAUUAUAUUAGCUUUUGUAUGAUUAGAAAUAGUAAUCAACGUUUCUUGGGUAUAUUCCUGCACGCUCGGGAAAAGAAAGAAAACAACCACGAAGAAAUGGAGGUUGAUUUCCCCGAGCAAGACGCUAGCAGCACGGAUGAAGAGGACACUGUCAGCUCUUCUGUGUCUGAAGAUGGAGACAGUUCUGAGAUGGACGAUGAGGAUUGCGAAAGGAGACGAAUGGAAUGCAUGGACGAGAUGACCACACUCGAGAAGCAAUUUGGCGAUUUGAAAGAACAGUUGUACAAGGAGCGGCUGAGUCAGGUUGAUAUAAAGCUGCAGGAAGUGAUAGCUGGCUGUGCCCAAGAGUAUCUGGAACCACUGGCCAACCUGCAGGAGAAUAUGCAGAUACGGACCAAAGUAGCUGAUGACCUACCUACCAGCUCCUUGGGCAUCUACCGAGAGCUGUGUUUGGAGUCCGUGAAGAACAAGUAUGACUGUGAGAUCCAGGCUGCCUGCCAGCAUUGGGAGAGCGAGAAGCUGUUGCUGUUCGACACGGUGCAGAGUGAGUUGGAGGAGAAGAUCAGACGUCUGGAGGAGGACCGUCACAGCAUAGACAUCACUUCAGAACUUUGGAAUGAUGGAUUGCAUUCACGGAAGAACAAGAAGAAGGAUCCGUUCUGCCCCGUCAAGAAGAAGAAGCCUGUUGUUGUCUCAGGUCCAUACAUUGUUUAUAUGCUGCAAGACCUGGAUAUACUUGAAGAUUGGACAGCGAUACGAAAGGCACCACAGGCGAUGGCGUCGUUAGGGCCACACAGGGUCAAGGUUGAUGCCCCUACCAAGGCUGAGAAACACCACCAUGUGGCGAGGUCUGAGGAGGGCAGACUGUUCUAUGACAGCCAGUGGUACUGCAGAGGACAGGCCAUAUGCAUCAACCGGAAGGAUGAGUACCCCACUAGUGCCAUAAUAACCACCAUUAACCACGACGAGGUGUGGUUCAAACGCCUGGAUGGCAGCAAGUCCAAGUUGUACGUCUCUCAGCUGCAGAAAGGCAAAUACACCAUCAAACACUCCUAAUGACACUCGCGGCUUGCUGGAUGUCGUAUAAUGAACAUAAUGAACGUCCACCUGGAUGUCGUAUAAUGAACAUAAUGAACGUCCACCUGGAUGUCGUAUAAUGAACGUCCACCUGGAUGUCGUAUAAUGAACAUAAUGAACUUCCACCUGGAGGUCAGAUAAUGAACUUCAGUGCCAUAACAUCGUGUCCCUUAUUUUCAUUGCCGUCGGGGGGAAACCUUAUCAUCAUGUCAGUGGUCCGGCUACGUAGGCUUUGUGACUGGCUACUGCUCUGUAAAUAUGUAUUUAUGUUAAUAUCUGCCAGUCUACCAAGUGUCAUUCAUCUUCUCGAAAUUGGAAGAGAAAUUGGGAGGAUGCUAAAAUGGAGUGCGUGUCUGUCUGUGAGCUGUUGUAAGGAGCAGUGGUGGUGUUGAUGUAGCGUGCCUUUUUAACAAGACGAUGCCUACAGUCCUGAACUAACUCAAUGCAGUGAAUGAAGCCUUAGGUCCUGUGACCUGUGAGAACAAUACUAGAAUCAUGUCUAAGCGGGUCAUUCUGGAAGCGGUAGUAUAUAGUAUUCUACAGAGUCCAAUCCAGGUUAAGAAUUCUCCUUUAUUUUAGCAUUAGCGUAUGUUACUCAGGCAGACAGGCACAGCCAAUAAUAGGAUGCUUUCCCCAUAUAAACAGAGUUGAUGGCGAGGGCCAAUAGGGCAGAAACCGUUAAUCGCUGUCAGUAAUACCACUCCUGGCCCGAACUCUGAUGAAUGGGUUGUUUACUUCACUGUGAGUCCUGGGGUCAUCUGCCCCCAAGUGUUCUUUGUUUCUGGGCUGUUUUCUGUCCCGGAGGUGCCCUACCUGUCCCCUAAAGGUCACGCUCGUCCCCACUCAUGACAGAGGACUGACGACAUGAGAUGGCUCAAAGCUGGAAUCCCGUCCAUGGAAUCCCAUCCACUCGUGUGUGCGUGCGUGCGUGCGUGCGUGUGUGUGCGGGCGUGCGCGCAUUAUGCCAUUCGGAACAAGAUACUGUCUCCAUGUAGUCAAUGGUUCUUCAUUUUACAGCAGCAUCAUUUCUGUAUAAAUGUAUUUCAACACACAGAAAUGACCGUAGCUGUAUGUAGGGUGUAUUUCCAGGCCAUGAUUGUGUUCUGCCAUAUUACUACCAUCAGGCCAAAUGUUACCGUGCCAUCAAAUGAACAGCCGUUUACUUGUCUGAAAGUAUGAACUGUUAUUUUGGCUUUGCCUUGUUUGUGAUUUGGUAUGUAGCAAAUAACGCUCAGCCUGUACAACACAUUUUCUUUUAUCAUGCCCAGAAGAAAGUAUUGUGUCGAAGUGCCAAUGUAUGUAUAGCAAAUUAAAUGUUUCAUUUUGUA